AUGGUGAUCUCGACAGAACCGGCGAACAAGAGGGUUAAGGUCAUGUCCGGGCAAGUAGAUGACCAGCUGGCUAUUGACACUAUAAGAACAAUAGCAGCCGAUAUGGUCCAAAGGGCCAAGUCGGGCCAUCCAGGUGCCCCAAUGGGAUGUGCGCCGAUGGGCCACGCCCUUUAUACUCACGUUAUGAGGUAUAACGCUGCUAACCCUCACUGGUGGAACAGAGAUCGAUUUGUUUUGUCCAACGGUCAUGCCUGUGCCCUGCAGUAUGUGCUUAUGCAUCUCGCUGGUUACAAGGAUGUUGGUCUUGAAGACCUUAAGAAUUUCCGUCAGUUGGGCUCGAGGACGGCUGGGCACCCCGAGCGUGACCUGUUGGAAGGUGUGGAGGUUAGUACUGGCCCUCUUGGGCAGGGCAUCUCUAAUGCUGUUGGCCUUGCUAUUGCUGGGGCCCAUCUUGCGGCUACCUACAACCGAGAUGGAUAUGAUCUCUUCAACAACUACACUUUUGUUAUUUGUGGUGACGGUUGCCUUGAGGAAGGGGUCAGCUCGGAGGCUUGUGCCCUUGCGGGCCAUCUUGGGCUUGGGCAUCUCAUCGUGCUUUAUGACGAUAAUAAGAUUACUAUUGACGGUAGCACUGACCUUGCAUUCACUGAGGAUGUUAGUAAAAGGUUUGAGGGCAUGAACUGGCAGGUCUUGGAGGUGGCCAAAGGGGAUAGCGAUGCGGCUGAUAUAAUAGCAAAGGUUGAAGAAGCUAAGAAGUGUACUGAUAAACCUACUAUCAUCAAGGUCCAUACGACUAUAGGGUACGGCUCGGCCAAGCAGGGCACUGCUAAGGUCCAUGGGGCCCCUCUGGGUGAAGAGGACCUGGCCAGUGUUAAGAAGAAGUUUGGUUUAGAUCCUGAGAAGUUCUUUGAGAUCCCCAAUGAGGUGAGGAGUUUUUAUAAGGAUGCUCUUGCUCGUGGUCAACAGGCUAAUAAGGAGUGGGAUGCUCUCUUUGCCGAGUAUGGUAAGGCCUUUCCUAGGGAGCAUGCCGAGCUGAUCAGGCGUGCUAAGGGUGCCCUCCCACAUGAACUGGACAGCUUCUUCCCGAAGUACCAGCCUGGUGAUAAGGCCAAGGCUACUCGUGUGACCAGUGGGGAGGUCCUUGCUGCCCUCAUGGAGCACCUGCCUGAAAUAUGCAAUUUCAAGGCUGGGGGUGGUCUCGGUGUUGGCGGUCUUGGCCUCUCGAGCUACGUCUUGGCAGCAGAGGUCACUGCUCCAGAGUGGAGGAGUCUUGUGUGCGUUGGCACCAGCUCGAUAUUUGCUAUCGGUAUAGUGGUGGUCUCAGGCCUGGCAGCUAUUCCUGGCAUCCACUGGAGGGUGCUCUCUUUCAGUGUUUGGAUGCUCAGCUGGGCGUGCGUGCUGCCGGCCCUACUGCUGACCCGCUUCCUGGAAUCGCCAGUGUGGCUCGAGGCCCAGGGUCGUCACGGUGAAGCUGAGGCGGGUCUACGUAAGAUCGCCAUCGUUAACAACAGACUGGCUGAGUUUGACUCGUUCUUGAGGAAGUGGGAUGAUGAGCUGACGGCGGACGCGGAUGGGAAUUUUUCGAUAGAGGAAGGCGAAAGAGGCGGUCCUUCGCCUGUGGACGAAGGCCUGUGGGGUUACUUGCUGAGGAGCAGACUGAAUAUCAUACAGGAGUUUAUGGCUGUGAUGGUGGUGGCGUGGUUCGCGUCGAGUCUUGGGUAUUACGGCCUGUCGAUGAAUGUCGGAAAUCUCGGCGGGAAUAUUUAUGUGAACUCUAUCCUUAAUGCCUUGGUUGAAAUACCCUCCUAUGGUGUGAUGUACUUCAUGGUUGAUAACGCCGUUACAGGAAGGAAGCUCACUCUUGUGAUAUAUCUCCUAGCAGCAGGAGUGGCCUGUAUGGUGUGCCCUUUCUUUACCUGGCUUCAUUGGCUCUCCCUCACUAUUGCCCUCAUCGGCAAGUUUUUCAUCUCUGCCGCAUUCGGAGUGUGCUACAUAUAUGGUGCUGAGCUGUUCCCUACGAGCAUUCGUAGCUCAGCUUUGGGCAUCCAGUCUCUGGCGGCCCGUAUUGCUGGUAUCAUUUCCCCCCUUAUACCGCCCCUUGGUGGGUUCUGGUCACCUCUGCCUGAUUUUAUAUUCGGUAUUCCGUGCAUAGUCGCUGCGGGUCUAACUCUGCGGUUCCUACCUGAGACACUUGGGAGGAACCUGCCGAUGAGCGUUGAAGAUGUCCGUGGCCUUCGCUACAGCUCUGUGGGUGGGGCUGAUGGACCUCGUCCAGGGCAUGGUCGGACGCAUGGGAAGUAUGAGAUGCCGCUGGAAGAAUUCGAUACAGACUCAUCUGAUGGGUAUGAUGAUGAGGACGAGGAGGAGGCACGACGGGCGGAGACUCUGCGUGACGUGUUCGGCACUGAAUUUGCCCCUCGGGGCAAUGAAUAG